UGGACCAAAACACGAGGACGGCAGCGAGUUAGGACGGUGGAGCCGAACGGAGUACUGUCACAGCUCAGGCGUCGCGUUUGCUGUCAGAGAAUGCCGCGGAAAGCGAAGGUGUCUCAUUCGUUAAGUUCGAGCGAAAAAAUUAUCGUCUUACUAAGGGGUUUCAUUUUUAGUCUUAAAACAGAACUGCAGUUCAUGCUAGAGAUCCUCCAAAAAUGCCAACGGGAGUGAAUGCGCAAGCUGCUGGGAUCCCUAUGUCGGAUGCUAUGGGGACUUUCAAGAGGAGGAAGCGAAAGUCCAUCACUGUGACUGCAAUGUUGUUUGUAGUGUCUAUACUUAUUCUAGUUUUUGGCUUGGCUGCCACCACAAGGACACAGAACAUCACAGUUGGAGGCUACUAUCCUGGAGUCAUUCUUGGUUUCGGCUCGUUUCUUGGAAUCAUUGGGGCUCAUUUAAUUGAGAAUAAGAGGCAGAUGCUGGUAGCUUCCAUUGUCUUCAUCAGCUUUGGUGUGGUGGCUUCAUUAUGUUGUGCUAUAGUGGACGGCAUUUUUGCAGCAAGACACAUAGACCUCCGACCUGUUUAUGCUGGUCGAUGUGAAUACUACUCCAGUUUAACAGCAUUUGAUGUGGAUGUUCACUGCCAGACAGCAUCACGUGUGUCAUGUAACCUGCGUGUGAAGAGUAAGACAUGCUACUGCUGUGACCUCUACAACUGUGGAAAAGAACAUCCUCUUUUGGGACUUCAGAAUAAAGAUGUUUUGAAAAAAUUUAGGAAAUCAUCCAUGGUUUGGAACCACGUUGACCCCAGAGGAGGCUACCAUGAGUACACAGAAGUGCGAAGUUGCCAAGACGUUGUGUACCUUUACCACUUGUUGUGGUCUGCCACAAUUCUCAACAUCAUUGCCUUCUUCCUGGGUAUCAUCACAGCAGCAGUACUUGGAACCUUCAAGGACAUGAAUCCAACUGCUUCCCCUGACACUUAUGAACCUGAUUCUCUGGCCACUCCAGCAGCCCCUGAGACUCAUGCCCCAACCACCCUCAACUCCUUCUACAACACUACCCCCUGUCUGCCACCUUAUACUGCCUAUGACCUUCAGGUCUCCAACAUGUUCCCUGACUCUUCUGGCCUAUCUGAUGACUCACAGUCUGGAGCCAGUCACAUGUGGCCCACUAUGAUCCCUCCACGCUAUUCUCCUCCUUAUUAUCCACCUGAUGAUAAACCCCCUCCAUACAGUCCUUAAGGGACACUACAAAGAACCAUGGUAAUACUGACAAUAUGCUCUAGGGGUUGAGGGAAAAAUGUGCAUACAUACCUUAAAAACAGUUCCUGCUGUUGUGGAGGGUCACUGCAAAGCUGGAAGCAGAUCACAGCUACAGUACAGAACCAGGAUGUUCAUCUCUACAGAGCAGAUCUACGCAGUGAUAUUUCUGCAGUUGUCCAGUUUAGGUACACUAGGCAGCCUCACAACUCCAUGCUAUAACUAACAUCAAGACUUUUUCACAAAUAUGCCUUAAAAGUGUCAUUAUGCUCCUGUCAUGAGUCAUGUCUAUGAACUGUUUGGACACAGGGACUGCCACCAUGCAUCUCCCUCACUGUAUUAACUGAAUGUUUCCAAAGUGUUGGAGUGCUGUUUGAUUUUUGUCUCACCUCAGCUGAAGAGGAAUGAGGAGUCUUGUAUGUAUGUAUUGUCUUGUUCAUUUGCAGUUUGUUGUACCUGAAUAUAACUGUAAAACACAGUAACAUAAUCCUUCCGUGUCACUUCGGGCAGCUAGAGAUAAUCUUGUGGAGCCCAAAGCAUACUUUCAGUAUUCUGUCUAGGCAAGAUGCAACAUGGAAAAACGGUCAUUUUAUUUGGCACCUCACCCACGUACAAAUCAUUUGAAUUGUGCAAUCAAUCAUGUUAUGUUCAAUCACCUGCAGUGUAAAUAUCCUUUUCCUGGUUGUGAAUAAUCCUAUUACAAUGACUAAACAGAGGAAACAACUUGUAAGUGGAACAUGCAGAUAGAUCCUUACAUCACCUCUGACAGUUGUCUCAGGUUUGUAAAUAUGGAAUUGCAUCACAUAGGAAGGUAGCUACAAAUGAAAUGUAUCAGAACAUGAACACUUGAGCUGCAGAAUUCUUGGCAGGUCAUUAAAACCAACUAACAAAAAAAAGUGAUACUGUUACUGCAGUAACAAUAUAAACUACACAUAAUCUGUACACUUAAGCUAUUUAUAUAUGGCCUAGUAUUACAUGUUUGAAGUACAGGAACAGUUCAUACUGCCUUCUCUUAGUAUACAUUUAAUCAUAUCUUAAAAGGUGUCUAUUCACUGUGAUUAGUGAGGAGUCUCUAGCUUUAUAUGUACUUUGUUUUUGUUUGUUUUUUUUUAAGCAAAUUGUACAACUUUGUACACAAAAAUCUGUAAAUGGCAGAAAAAAUUUAGCAAGAAUCACUGUUGAAAACAUAUUUUAUGUGUAUAAAUAUUACCUUUGUACUGUAGAGUUGGUGGUUUGAAACAAAAACAGACCAGACAAUGUAGAAUACCACCUUCUAUAUACUCAGUUAUCAGACUUGCUAUAUUAUUAAACUUAGCUAGACACCUCCAUGAAGAAUGAAUGCUGGAGAAAAAUGUUUACGUAAUUGACAGCAAUGAGAAAUAAGUACUCUAAAGUUUUAUUUCACAUUGUACAGCACCUAAUAAAUAUAGUUGAACAAAAUAGA